AUGUGGAGUCAGUACUGGUGUAAUUGGGUGGACGUUUUCGUGACGGUACCGGUCGACGGAGUGGAGUCAGUACCGUUAUGGAAAUGUGUAGUGAAGCCAGUACCGGUUGACGACGUGGAGUCAGUACUGGAAGAAGACGAACCCCCUCGUUUAUCGAUAGAGAAAGAACAUCAAGAUCCUCGCACUGAGAUUCAGAAGAAGAGAGAAGCCUUCCGGCUGUCGCUUGACAAGCUCGAAGCCGACGCAAAAGUGGAGAAUUAUCUGAAAGAUCUCAGACAACUUGUGGAACUCGGUUGCUCCUUCCUUCGCCACGAAGUUCGUCUCAUGGAGGAAAACGGAGUACAUAACACACGGGAUCGGGUUUUCACACGUUACGACGAUGAGAAAGUGCCAAAGAACAAUCAAGAUCGGGUUUUCAGACAUUACUUUCAAUUCAAAUCCGAAGGGAUGAGCCCGGAAAUACACGAACGAAGCCAGAGAUGCAGUGACGACGUCAAGGAACAGGAGAAGAAGAGGCGGUGUGUAAAAUUCGCGAAGCAAGAUAAGGAAAUUCAGAAGAACGGAUCCAAGAAAUCCAUGGAUCAAAUCGACGAACCGAGUCACGACGUUAAGGAGAAGCAGCAGAAAGAGCGUCAAAAUUCGGAAAGAAACAAGAAGGGAGAAGCAAAACCCAUCGCCAUGGAACUCGAUGAUCUGCUUGACAAUUGGUACCAUGACAUGCAACAGACAGAGCCCCCUCGCUUUGGCGUUCCUGUCUCUGAGGAGUUGGGUUCGAGCAGGAGAUUCGAGGAAGAAAGCGUUAAGACAGUGGAGAAGAAGACCAAGAGCUCUUCGGAUAUUGGAAAAAAGGAAACAUAUGGCCAUGCAGAAUCAUUUUCCAAAAGCAACGAUAAUAAUAAUAAUGUAUCAAAAGAAUCGGAUUCAACAAUUAGAGAAAAGAAUCUGAGAUUAGAGACAAAUGCCAUAUCGAAUAACGGUUCCAUGAGAGACAUCAUCGCGAAGGCAAAAGAAGCAAUGAAGAAAGUACGAGAAAGGAGACUUCAAGAACGAUAA